CUGGUAUGGUUAUGAUCACUCCGAGAUUUAAGAAAAAAUAUCUGUUUCUCUGUUUUUUUGCUUUCCAAUUCUUUUUGAUGUUCUACAUAUCAUGGUGUCCAACCGAAGACCUCUCCAGAAUGGAAAAAUUGGUGCUAAUUUAUCAAAAACAAAUAAUGACCCAGGAUCUUGAAUUAAAGAAAUUGAAAGUACCGGUAACACGGCCCAAAAUUUACUAUGGGACAGAACAGAAGAUCUUACCAAAGUAUAUAAAAGACUUACCAUAUAUCUAUGCAAUUACACCAACUUAUACAAGACUUGAACAAAAAGCUGAACUAACAAGAUUAUCUCAAACUCUUCUUCAUAUACCAAACUUUCAUUGGAUAGUGAUUGAAGAUGCGAUAACUAAAACCCAACUUGUUACAAAAUUUCUAAGAAAUUCAGGGUUAAACUAUACCCAUCUUAAUGCUUUAACACCAAAACAUUAUAAAUUGGAAGAAAAAGACCCCAACUGGUUGAAACCAAGGGGAGUUUUACAAAGAAAUGCAGGAUUGGAAUGGAUUGUAACAAACAGGAACAAUAAAUCUAAUGGUGUUAUUUAUUUUAUGGAUGAUGACAAUACAUACAGCUUGAAACUAUUUGAUGAAAUAAGAUUUACAGAGAAAGUGUCUGUGUGGCCAGUUGGUUUAAGUGGGGGUUUGCGAUUUGAAAGUCCAAUAGUUACUAACAAUGAAGUAUCAAAUUGGUUUGUUUAUUGGAAACCAGAGAGACCAUUUCCUAUGGAUAUGGCUGGCUUUGCCAUUAAUCUUAAUUUCUUUCUUCAGUAUCCUGAAGCUCGAUUUAGUUUAAGAGUUCAAAGAGGCUACCAAGAGUCAACAUUACUUUCCCAAUUACAUGUAAAACUAAAUGAUUUGGAGCCGAAGGCCAAUGAUUGUAAAGAAAUUUUAGUAUGGCAUACACGGACAGAAAAAACUAAAUUAAAAAAUGAAGAUAAACUUAAACUCAAAUAUGGUCAUGGGUCUGAUUUAACUAUUGAAGUUUAA